UGGAAAAACAAAAAUAGAACCAUCAUCACCGUCAUUGUCAUCUUUGAAUGAUCUCUGGCCCUCGUGAUGGCUGCAGCCGGACCGAGUGAAUCCAAAACGGCAACAGCACAGUUGUAUGGUGACCCGAAGCCUAACGACGAGGAUUUGGACAGACUAGAUGAGGCAAAUGACCUUUUUGAUGAUGCUGUACUUUCGAGCUCAAUGGAUCAAGACAAGAAAACCACUUUGAACUCAGAUGCUGGCAGUGUAACAGCAUCUAAAGUAAAGGAUAAUGUCACCACAGUGAAAGCAGAGGAAAAGGAAUCAAACCAGGCACGGAAAUUCUCACUGUAUAUUGGGAAUUUCUCUUGGUGGACAUCUGACAAGGAUCUGCUGCUUAUGACCCAUAAAUUAGGGGUGAGGGAUAUUGAUGAAAUCAAAUUUGCCGAAAAUAAAGCAAAUGGCCAAUCAAGAGGCUAUGCAAAGGUGGUGGUGACUUCAGAAAAUUCGUUAAAAAUAUUGUUGGAGAAAAUUCCCCAAUGUACACUGGAUGGGGAAAGCAUAGACUGCCGUUUUGCCACUUAUCAAAACUUCAGCGUGUUUGAGGAUGUCGCUAAUAAACGUUUCCCAAUGCGCGGUAAUUCCAAGGACGCCGAUUCACAAGUGUCCUCGUCAGUUUCAUGGGAUAACAAUCCUCCCAGCGUACCCACUCCGUUUCCAUCACAUCCAAUUGGAAAUGUAUUUCCCCUACAUUCCAGCCUGUAUCCUGGCCAGCUACCUCCUCCCUUCCCACCGAUGCCGAUCAACAUCCCUCCGCCGCAUCUGUUCCCCCCUCCACCUUUCAAUGCACCAAGCCAGCCGCCUCCAAGUCUGCAUAUAAACCCUGCUUACUUUACUCCAGCACAAGACAGCUACAGAAGUCAAGCUUACGGUCAACAAAAGGGUGACAGAGAUUAUGAAGAAUUGUUGAAGAGAAAUAAAGCUGUGGCUAGCAGCGCCAUUACCAAGGCUGUGACAGGUGCAACAGCUGGAGACCAGAGAGUGGCGAUGGAAACGCUGUUGACAGCCAUUGCUAUCAUCAAGCAGUCCAGCGUGUAUAGGGAUGAGCGCUGCCAAGCCCUCGUCACCUCCCUCAAAGACUGCCUGGUGUCCAUCCAGGGAAACUGUGGCUAUAGGAGUGGCAGUAAUUCUGGAGACCGGGACAGAGACAGAGAUCGGGAGCGAGAACGGGAGAGAGAGCGCCACAGAGAAGAUUCGCCUCGUUGGGAAGGCGCUGGAACGUCAAGAAGGCACAGAGAACGUUCUUGGAGUCGAGAAAGGGACCGGGGCCGUUCACGGGACAGGCACAGAGAUUACAGAGAACGCUACCGCUGACUUUGUAACAUUGUACCCAGCACAUCCUCGUGAGCCACUCUAACACUUGGACCGCCAUCAAAACCAACAAUGACCGACUGGUAUGCCCGCCACCUGUACAUUUACUCUUGAGUGGUUACUGAUCAUUUUACCACCAGAACAAUUGCAUUUCAUUUUAGGUUAUGAUGUCACUUGAAAUUGCAAAAUGUCAAAAAUCGCUUUCAGAAAGUACUUAGUCCCCUUCAAUGUUUUUGUUUUGCCUUUAUGCUAAAUUUCUUUUUUUAAAUUCUUACCUAAAUAAUUUGAACACUUAAAAAAAGCAAAAGCAGAAUCUAACAAUCUUUCCUUUUUAUCAUAAAACUGAAAUGUCACUGAUUUUUUGAUAACUUGCUUUGACUUGAAAUUUAACUCCGGUCCAUCUACCUCUUGGUCCCAUUUGAAAUAUUUGUAAGUCCACCUUUUCAAAAGAAUUAACCAGAUGUGAUUUGCCUGUCUGCAUAGGGCCUCGCAGCUGACCAAGUAUAUCGGACCAAAAAGCACCUGGUCAAAGCAACUAUUUGAAGAGCUUUUGUCACUAAAGUUCCUUCUGUCCCAUUUUUGGGGUUUGUGUCUGAAAUGUUUUGUCAGGUCUUGAUAUCGUGCCUUGGAAAAUCACAUGCAUCAAGAUAUGGAAGAACCCGAGUUCAGUUUCAUACAUCUGAAAAAUGGGGAGUGUCAAAUUUUGAGGAAAACCAUGUUUUGAGCAUAAUGUUGAAAUAAUUUUGAAGGGGGUGGAAUACUUAGCUCAUAUUUUGUAGGGGUUUUUUUUUUUAAGUAAACUAAUUUCUUUUUAGAUUCCCGUUGACAUACAUGAAGGUUACAGAUUUUUCUUCCGACACAAUUUUUGUUCUGACACAAUCUUUUAAAAAGACAAAAGAUGUGUCUCCAGAAGUUUGCAUUGUCUCUUCAUUCUACUCUUAUCGGGGACUUCAAUUGUUCAAGUUAAAUACUGUGUGCAUAGUCAUUCGGAUUAGAAGGAAUCCUUGCAUGUGCAAGACACUUAAAUGUAUUUAACACAGUGUCAUUGUUGUCUUUUGUAAUAUAAAACAAUCCACCCGAA